AUGUACAUUCAUUCCAAAAUAAUAUUUUCUAGUGCCGAAGAAGCUGGCAACGUCAAGAGAUUUUUUCCAUCUGAAUUUGGGUUGGAUGUGGACCGUCACGAAGCAGUGGAGCCAUUUAGAGAAAUUUGCGAGGAAAAAGCAAAAAUACGAAGAAUGAUUGAAGCCGAAGGAAUUCCUUAUACUUACAUAUGUUGCUUUGCCUUUACUGGUUACUACUUACGUAACCUGUGGCAGCUUGACACUGUUGUCCCUCCUCGGAACAAGGUAGUCAUAGUAGGAAAUGGAAACGUGAAAGGAGCAUUUGUGACUGAGGCUGAUGUGGGCACUUUCACCAUCGAAGCAGCGAACGAUCCUAGAGCCUUGAACAAAGCCGUCCACAUAAGGCUCCCUGCCAAUUAUUUGACCUCAGAUGAAAUCAUCCCUUUGUGGGAGAAAAAGAUUGGGAAGACUCUUGAGAAAAUUUAUGUUCCAGAGGAACAAGUUCUCAAGGAAAUUCAGAAGUCUUCUUUCCCAAAUAAUUACCUCUUGGCGUUGUAUCACUCACAGUUGAUAAAGGGAGAUGCGGUUUAUGAGAUUGACCCAGCCAAAGACAUUGAAGCAUCUGAGUUUUAUCCCCAUGUGAAAUACACAACCGUUGAUGAAUAUUUUAAUCAGUUUGUCUGAUUUUUUAAUUACCCAACUUUAAUAACUCUGCUUUGCUUCUGCCUAAUAAAACAGGAUAAAACUAGGUCUUGUUGGUAAUGUUAAUUAAAGAAAAGUAUCAUAAGUAAACAAAUGUUAUUUUAACUUUUUUGCCUCAGUUAUUUCAAUAAAGGCAUGCAGGGUUUGUAGUUUGCCA